AUGUCUGAUAUUAAAGCUCGUAUUGACGAGUAUAUACCUACAAAAGGUUUACUAUAUUUUGAUGAAGAAUUGAAAUAUGUUAUUUCAAAACCAAAAAUAAUGCCAUUGAAAUCUAUAACACUCGAGAAGUUGGAGACGUUGCAAAAUGAUGCCGAAGAAAAAUUGAAACAACAAGAAAAAUUAGGUCAAGAAUUUUCAACAACAUUUUAA